UAUUUUUUUUACGAGUACGAUACAUAUGACGCGGAUUUGACGCCAUAUGAGCGUUCCAGUGCGCGAAUACGUCAUAACUUGUAGACUUGACGACGGAUAACCAGACCAUUACUUCUUCGCCUAAGGCAGUGACCGUUUUACCGUUUUUACGCAGUGCGAAUACAAAACCAUUAUCAACUGUGUAUUCAUCUCGUUUCAACGAACUAUGCAGCUGAAACAUUUGAAGACGUUGAUUCCUCCAAAGGAGAGAGGUGCAAAGGUUACAUGCAUGGCCUGGGCUCCGAAUAAUAGAAAGUUUGCAGUGUGUACUGUGGAUAGAGUGGUUUUGCUGUACGAUGAACAGGGAGAUAGAAGAGACAAGUUUUCUACAAAGCCUGCAGACCCGAAAUAUGGGAAGACACACUAUGCGGUCAAAGCUAUGGCAUUUUCUCCAGACUCCACCAAAAUUGCCGUUGCUCAAACCGACAAUAUUGUGUUUGUGUACAAAAUCGGAAGCGAGUGGGGAGAUAGAAAAGUUAUCUGCAACAAAUUUGUGCAGACGAGCGCUGUAACAUGUCUGCUCUGGCCAGCUGAUGAUUCUAUAGUGAUUGGACUUGCAGACGGGAAGAUUCGAGUGGCCAACACGAAAACCAACAAAUCGUGUAGUAUCUACAAAACAGAUUCCUACGUCGUCUCAUUAGCCUCGAAUGUCUCUGGGAAAGGAAUCCUGUCAGGACAUGCAGAUGGGACAGUCGUGCGCUAUUUCUUUGACGAUGAAGGCUCAGGGGAUUCUCAGGGUAAAUUGCUGACCCAUCCGUGCGCCCCGUAUGCUCUGGCUUGGGGAAGCAACAGCAUCGUCGUAGCUGGGUGUGAUAAGAAGAUCGUAGCCUACGGGAAGGAAGGACACGUGCUUCAGACGUUCGAUUACAGCCGUGAUCGCUCGGAGAAGGAGUUCACGGUGGCAGCGUCAAGCCCCAGCGGCCAUUCGGUGGUGUUGGGUAGUUACGACAGAUUGAGAGUUUUUAACUGGAAUCCUCGAAGAGGUGCUUGGGAUGAAGCUGCUCCUAAAGAAAUCCCUUAUCUCUAUACCAUCACGGCUCUGGCCUGGAAAAAAGAUGGCUCACAACUCUGUCUGGGCACUCAGUUUGGAGGUGUUGAGCAGUUUGACUGCUGCCUUCGCAGGAGCAUCUACAAGAACAAAUUUGAGAUGACUUAUGUUGGCUUGAGCCAGGUGAUCGUGAAGAACCUUUCCACUGGCACACGAGUGGUGCUCAAGUCUCAAUACGAGUUCCAUGAGGUGAAAAUCAUGGGGAAGGAUCGCUACUUGGUGGCCCGCACCUCCAACACCCUUCUGCUGGGAGAUCUGGUCUCCAAUAAACUGAGCGAGGUGAUGUGGCAGGGCUCUGGAGGAAAUGAGAAGUUCUUCUUCGAAAACGAAACCGUGUGCAUGAUCUUCAAUGCAGGAGAACUGACCUUGGUGGAAUACGGCAAGAAUGACAUCUUAGGAUCUGUGCGCACCGAAUUGAUGAACCCACACCUUAUCAGUGUCCGUCUAAAUGAGAGAAAACAGAGAGGAGUGGACGAUAACAGGAAGUUAGCCUACCUGAUCGACCUCAAAACUAUCGCCAUAGUGGACCUGGCUCUGGGUUGUAACCUUGGGACCGUUAGUCAUGACUUGGAGAUCAACUGGCUGGAGCUAAACGAGACCGGACGCAAGCUGCUCUUCCGGGACAAGAAGUUACGGCUGAACCUGUUUGACAUCGAGAGCGGAGUGAAAACCACCAUCCUGAGCUUCUGCUCCUACACGCAGUGGGUUCCAGGCAGCGACGUGGUGGUGGCUCAGAACCACAACAACCUGUGUGUCUGGUACAACAUCAACAGUCCAGAGCAGGUCACCAUGCUCCCUCUGAAAGGAGAUGUUGUUGAUUUGGAGCGGGCGAACGGGAAGACCAAGGUGAUGAUGUUGGAGGAAGAGAACACAGUCUCCUACACGCUGGAUGAAGGACUGAUCGAGUUCGGAACUGCCAUUGAUGAUGGAGAUUUUAACAGAGCCACAGAGUUCCUAGAAACGCUAGAAAUGUGUGAUGAGACUGAAGCUAUGUGGAAGACACUGAGCAAGCUGUCUCUGGAGGCACAGCAGCUGUACAUUGCAGAGCGGUGCUUUGCAGCUCUAGGGAACGUGUCCAAGGCUCGCUUCCUGAAAAAGACCAAUCAGCUUGUCGACUGCAUCUCAAAGGAAUACGGAGGCGACGGCAAAGAGCACUAUAAAGUGAAAGCACGGCUAGCGAUGCUGGAUAAUAACUAUAAACUCGCUGAGAUGAUCUACUUAGAACACGAUGCAGUCAAUGAGGUGAUGGAAAUGUACCAAGACCUACAAAUGUGGGACAAAUGCAUCGCUAUAGCAGAGGCAAAGGGUCUCCCAAAAGAGGACAGUUUGCGGCGCAGCUACUUCGCUUGGCUGAUGGACACCAAACAAUACCAGAAAGCCGGGGAAAUGAAGGAGAGCGAAGGGGACUACGUAGGAGCCGUGAACUUUUACCUGAAGGCGGGACUUCCGGCCAAAGCGGCCUGGCUAGUCAUGAACAGGGACGAGCUCCUGUCCAGCAACAUCGUCACCCGCAUUACCUCUGCUCUCAUCAAGCAGGAGUUCUAUGAGCGAGCAGGAGACCUCUUCGAGAGGAUCAGUAAUAACCAGCAAGCGCUCGAUAGUUACUGCAAAGGCCAUGCUUUCAAAAAAGCUGUGGAGUUGGCGCGUGUGGCCUUUCCUUCUGAAGUGGUGAAGCUGGAGGAGGCCUGGGGAGACUAUCUCAUCCAGCAGAAAGAAAUGGAUGCUGCAGUCAGUCACUACAUCGAGGCUGGGUGUGGUAGCAAAGCGGUGGAAGCAGCAAUUGGAGCACAUCAGUGGAAGAAAGCCCUGCACAUCGUGGAGUUACAGGAGGACAAAGCCUCAGCAAAAUACUGCCUGAAGAUCGCUCAGCACUAUGCAUCUCUAGAGGAAUACGAGGUAGCAGAGCGUCUGUUUGUGAAAGGAGGCCAUAUCAAAGAUGCCAUCGACAUGUACACUGAAGCGGGCAGAUGGGAGCAAGCUCACAAGCUUGCUGUGAAUUGCACGAGUCAGAGUGAAGUGUCUGAGCUCUACAUCAGUCGUGCCGUCGAGUUGGAGAAGGAGGGGAAGUACAAAGAAGCUGAAAGGCUGUUCUGCACUGUUGGAGAGCCUGAUAUGGCCAUCACCAUGUACAAGAAGAAAAAGCUCUACGAUGACGUGAUCCGUCUGGUUGCCAAACACCACAAAGAGCUGCUCCAGGAGACUCACAUUCACUUAGCCAAAGAGCUGGAGGUCGAGGAAAGAUUCCAGGAGGCGGCGUAUCACUACAUUCAGGGUGAAAAUUGGAAAGCGGCGGUCAAGAUGUACGCGACAAACGAGAUGUGGGAGGAAGCGUAUAGAGUGUCGAAGAGCCACGGGACAGCCAGCACCCACAAGCAAGUGGUGUACCUGUGGGCCAAGAACCUGGGAGGAAAGGCCGCUGUUAAACUUCUCAACAAGUUCAGCAUGCUGGAGGACGCCAUCGAUUUUGCAGCCAAAACCCAUUCAUUUGACUUCGCCUUUGAGCUGGCGCGAUUAUCCUCGAAACACAAGAUCCCAGAACUCCACCUGAAGAAUGCCAUGUUUCUGGAAGAUGAGGGUAAAUUUAGCGAAGCCGAGACGGAGUUCAUCAAAGCAGGAAGGCCGAAGGAGGCGGUGCUGAUGUACCUACAUAUACAAGACUGGACCGGGGCACUGCGUGUGGCUGAGGCUCAUGACCAGGACAGUGUGGCUGGUGUGCUGGUGGAGCAGGCCAAGUGCUGCCUCAAGCAGAAAGACUUCCAGAAAGCAGAAGCUCUUCUUCUUCGUGCCCAGAGACCCGAGCUGGUCAUCAAAUUUUACAGAAAAGCCGAGAUGUGGAGUGACGCCAUUCGGGUCUGUAAGGAGUACUUACCCAGUAAACUGCGCGUUCUCCAGGAGGAGUAUGAGAAAGAGAUCACAGAAAGUGGCAGUCGCAGUGCAGAGGGUAUGAUCGAGCAGGCCCGGGAGUGGGAGCAGAGCGGUGAAUACGCUCGGGCAGUGCGCUGUUACCUGAAGGUCAAUGAUCUGUCCGACACGUCCCUUCUGGUCAAAUGUUGGAUGAAGGCAGCAGAAUUAGCCAUCAAGUUUUUACCGCGUGAGACAGCUGUGAGAGUGGUUCAGACUGUAGGACCACGUCUGGUGCAGCAGAAAAACUACACUGCGGCAGUUGAACUGUUCCUCAGCUUGGAGCUCGUUAAGGAAGCUGUAGAUGCAUUCAUAGAGGUGGAAGAAUGGAACAAAGCCAAGCGGAUAGCCAAAGAGUUGGACGCGAGGCUGGAGGGAUACGUUGACCAGCGUUACAAAGAACACCUGAAAAACAGAGGCGAGGUGGACUUGCUGGUUGGAGUGGACGCCAUGGCCGCGUUAGACAUGUAUGCAGAGCAAGGCCAGUGGGAGAAGUGCAUCGAUGUCGCAUCUAAACAGAAUUUUAAGGUGCUGCAUAAAUACUGUGCUCUGUAUGCCACCCACCUGAUCAAAGAAGGCGAGGCAGAGAAAGUGCUUGACCUCUACGUGCAGCACGGGAUGCCGGCCAAUCCAGAGAACUUCAACAUCUACAAGCGCAUGUUCUUAGAGCUGGUGAACCUCAAGGACAGGAACGACGCCAAAGCCUUUCGGAUGUGGGCUAACCUGAGAGAUGUUUUACACUCGCUGUGUGAGAACCUGAAGAAGUCUUCAAAAGCCAACUCUCCAGCCCAUAAAGUCUUCGAGCAGAUGCUUGUGAUCGCUCACUAUUAUGCAACCCGCUCAGCAGCGCAAGGCAUCGAGCAGCUGAGUCCUUUGGCGGCCAAGUUGUCCAUCUCACUUCUUCGGCACACAGAGAUCAUCCCAGCAGAUAAAGCUUUCUAUGAAGCCGGCCUGGCGGCAAAGGCUAUUGGCUCGGAGAACAUGGCCUUCAUUUUCUUCAACCGCUUCCUGGAUUUGGCAGAUAGUAUUGAAGAGGGAAAGCCGAAUACGUUGGACCACACAGACUUCCAGGACACAGACAUUCCCUCUGAGGUUCCGCUUCCAUCAAAGCUCCAUGUCACUGUGGACAAGACGGAGAAGAUCAAGGACUGGCUUCUGACUGUUUCCAUGGAGCAGCGAUUUGAACCGGUUCUACCCAGAGAUGAGAGAGGAACGUACGAGGCCUCGCUGCUCGCCACUAACACCGGCAUCCGCUCGUUACCCUGCGUCAUUACAGGUUACCCUGUUCUCCAUGACGGAAUGGAGUUCAAUGGACCGGGCAUGGCGGCUAACAGGAACGACUGGAAUAAAUUCCUCAUGGCUACCAAGACCACUCACAGUCCCGAGUGCCAGGACGUACUGAACUUUAUAUCACGCUGGUGUGGUGGACUUCCAUCUGGUGGAUUCACCUUCCAGUAAGAGGAAACAGCAAGGUCACUGAACCAAGCCAAGCCAAGCCUCGAUCUGGUGCUUGAGGGGAGGAGAGAAGGAGAGGAGAAGCGAUGCCACUGGCUCACAGUUGGUGCAGGGCCGAGUACCUGCAAAGAUGGACCAGUUGUGAUGG